GCCACCGCUUACUAAAACGAAGGCUCGAGUCUGUCCGAACAACUGGGCUCAGUUUGGUUCGUCAUCAGACUGGCACUCAUUUUAAUGGCUGAGUUUGAACCAAAUUGGUUUGAAUCUGAACUGGUUUAAAAUUAUUUAAAAUUUGGCUCAAAGUGGGGGAAAUGAGCUUCAGAUGGAUGCAGAUUGGUGCUACAGCACCAUUUCAUUAACCUGCUGUGAACGACAACAGAAAGACAGGAAGCUUGCAGUUUUCGAGGCGCCCAGCAGAGGGUGAAUGUGCCUGCCGUGUUUUCCCCGUUGACGCAAACCGGGCGCUCUAGCGAGAGCUGCUCUAUGGCAAGCGCAGGCCCCUGGCGCUGGCGGAAGGAAGCGUUUGUCGUCUGCAGGAAAGUGGCAGGAGCGCUUGUUUGGGUUCGGUAGGGUUGGAGCCUGAGCGGGUCGCCGAGGUGAAGAGCCGCCGCUGCCAUGGGGGUGCCGAAGUUUUACCGGUGGGUCUCCGAACGAUAUCCCUGCCUCAGUCAGGUGCUGAAGGAGCAUCAGAUACCAGAAUUUGACAACUUGUACCUGGAUAUGAAUGGCAUAAUUCAUCAGUGUUCGCACCCAAAUGAUGAUGAUGUUCACUUUAGAAUCUCUGAAGACAAGAUAUUUGCUGAUAUAUUUCACUACUUGGAAGUAUUGUUUCGCAUCAUUAAACCAAGGAAGGUUUUCUUCAUGGCAGUUGAUGGAGUAGCUCCAAGAGCAAAAAUGAACCAGCAACGUGGUAGACGUUUCAGGUCAGCAAAGGAGGCCGAAGACAAAAUUAAAAAGGCAUUGGAGAAGGGAGACGCUCUUCCUACAGAACCCAGAUUUGAUUCCAACUGCAUUACACCAGGAACUGAGUUCAUGGCUAGGCUGCAUGAACACCUGAAGUAUUUUGUAAAUAUGAAGAUUUCCACAGACAAAUCCUGGCAAGCUGUAGCUGUCUACUUAUCGGGCCAUGAGACUCCAGGAGAAGGGGAACAUAAAAUUAUGGAAUUUAUCAGGUCAGAGAAAGCAAAGCCUGACCAUAAUCCAAACACAAGACACUGUCUGUACGGUUUAGAUGCUGACUUGAUUAUGCUUGGGCUAACAAGUCAUGAGCCACACUUCUCCCUUUUAAGAGAAGAAGUCAGAUUUGGUGGGAAAAAGUCACAAAGAGUUUGCACCCCAGAAGAAACCACUUUUCACCUAUUGCACUUGUCGUUAAUGAGAGAAUAUAUUGACUAUGAAUUUUCGCCAGUUAAAAGCAAGAUCUUAUUUACAUAUGAAAUUGAAAGAAUAAUAGAUGACUGGAUCUUAAUGGGCUUUCUUGUGGGAAAUGAUUUUAUCCCACAUCUACCUCAUUUACAUAUUAACCAUGAUGCACUGCCACUACUUUAUAGAACAUACAUGGCUAUAUUGCCUGAACUUGGAGGUUACAUUAAUGAAAAUGGACACCUCAAUUUACCACGCUUUGAGAAAUACCUUACAAAAUUGUCAGAUUUUGAUCGUGAACACUUCAGUGAAGUAUUUGUAGAUCUGAAGUGGUUUGAAAGCAAAGUGGGCAAUAAAUACCUGAAUGAGGCUGCUGGUAUUGCAGCUGAAGAAUCAAAAAAGCAAAAGAAACACAAGGAACUGGAUCUGACAGCUCAGGAAAAUGCCAUGUGCUUGGCUGCUUUAGAGAAAACUGACAAUGGAAUUGUAGCUACUUCAAAAAAUGCAUUAGAAGAUGAACCAGAAGAUGAUGAUCUGUUUGAGACUGAAUUUAGACAAUACAAGAGAACAUACUAUAUGACAAAGAUGGGUGUAGAAGUAGUUUCCGAUGACUUUCUGGCUGAUCAAGCAGAAUGUUAUGUCCAAGCAAUACAGUGGAUAUUGCACUACUAUUACCAUGGGGUUCAAUCCUGGAGUUGGUACUAUCCCUAUCAUUAUGCACCUUAUCUCUCAGAUAUUCGCAAUAUCAGUGAACUGAAGAUUCAUUUUGAUUUAGGAAAGCCAUUCAUGCCAUUUGAGCAGCUUCUUGCGGUACUGCCAGCAGCUAGCAAAGAUUUGCUUCCAAAAUGCUACCAGCAUUUGAUGACUACUGAAGAGUCUCCCAUUAUUGAAUAUUAUCCAACAGAAUUUAAAACUGAUCUAAAUGGAAAGCAACAAGAAUGGGAAGCUGUAGUGUUAAUCCCCUUUAUUGAUGAGAAACAAUUGUUACAAGCAAUGGAAUCCUGCAACAAUUUAUUGAUGGCAGAAGAGAAGCAAAGAAACAGACACAGUGAGUGCCUGAUGUAUUUGUAUGACAGUGAUACAGAAUUUCAGUACCUGUCACCAUGGCCAGAGAAGUUUCCUUCCAUAGAAAAAUGCCACACCAGGUACAAAGCUAUGUCUUUGGAUGUUUGGCGUGUAGAUAUAUCCCAUAAUAAAAUAACUAAGUUGGAUAUGGAGAAAUUGUAUUUCUGUGGGUUUCCUACUCUGAAGCACAUUGAGCAUAAGUUCUGUCUUAAAAAAAGUGGGGUACAAGUGUUCCAGCAGAGCAGCCAUGGAGAAAAUAUGCUGCUGGAAAUCAUGGUUCCUGAAGAUUCAGGCGAAGUGAGUGUGGAAAAUGUAGCCAGUCUUGUACUUGGGAAAUCGAUCUUUGUUAACUGGCCGCACCUGGAGGAAGCCAGAGCAGUUGCUGUAUCAGAUGGCGAAACUAAGUUUAAUUUGGAGGAGCCUCCUGGAACACAGAAACUCUACAUGGGAAAUGUUGUGCCACCAACUAAAGUAGCAUAUGUUGGAGAUAAAGAACAGAAUAUAUGGAUGAAAGAAAUCCAGGGAAUUUCAGAACACUACCAAAGAAGAAAAGGAGUAAUUAUAAAUGAAACCUCUGUAAUUGUAUAUGCUCAGUUGCUAACUGGGCGUAGAUAUCAGUUAAACCAAAAUGGUGAAGUACAUUUGGAGAAGCAGUGGUCCAAGCAAGUUCUGCCUUUUGCAUACCAAACAAUUGUCAAGGAUAUAAAUGCUUUUGAUUCCCGUUUCUCCAGAAUCAAAACUUUGGAUGACCUGUUCCCUAUUGGAUGUACAGUCUUCAUGCUGGGAACACCUUACUAUGGCUGCACAGGAGAAGUUCAGGAUUCAAGUGAUGUAAUUUCAGAAGGCCGAAUUCGUGUUGUUUUCAACAUCCCAUGUGAACCUCAGCUGGAUGUCUUAAUACAGAAUCAACAUAAAUAUUCUGUGAAAUACAAUCCUGGAUAUGUGUUGGCCAGUCGUCUUGGAGUGAGUGGAUACCUUGUGUCCAGAUUUACAGGAAGCAUUUUUAUUGGAAGAGGAUCCAGGAGAAAUCCCCAUGGAGACCAUAAAGCAAAUGUGGGAUUGAAUCUAAAAUUCAAUAAAAAGAAUGAAGAGGUCCCUGGCUAUACUAAGAAAGUUGGAAAUGAGUGGAUGUAUUCUUCUGCAGUAGAACAACUCCUUGCUGAAUAUUUAGAAAGGGUCCCUGAACUUUUUAGUUUCAUAGCCAAAAACAGUCAAGAAGAUAUAUUCUAUGAAGAUGAUAUUUGGCCAGGUGAAGAAGAAAAUGGUGCUGAGAAAGUUCAAGAAAUAGUCGCAUGGCUAAAAGCUCAUCCUGUCAGCACUCUUUCUCGUGUCUCUUGUGACUUACAAAUUCUGGAUACAGCAAUCGUUGAAAAGAUUGAAGAAGAAAUAGAAAAGUGCAAGCAAAGAAAAAGUAAUAAGAAAGUCCGUGUGACAGUGAAACCCCACCUAUUAUACAGACCUUUGGAACAACAGCAUGGAAUUGUACCAGAUCGAGAUGCAGAGUUUCGAUUGUUUGACCGUGUUGUGAAUGUAAGAGAGAACUUUUCCGUUCCCCUUGGACUCCGUGGUACCAUAAUAGGAAUUAAAGGAGCCAGCAGAGAAUCUGAUGUGCUGUAUGAAGUUCUGUGUGAUGAAGAGUUUCAUGGAGGCUUAACAAUAAGGUGCUCACCUGCCAAAGCGUACCGCAUGCCAACCAGUGCCUUAAUUAAUAUUUCUCAUGGUAAUCGGUCUGAAACUGGAAAUCAAAAGCUAACAGCCAUUGUCAAACCCCAGCCAGCUGUGAGUCCCUACAGCUCCUAUUCAUCUGAAUCAUUUUCUGGAUCUUCACAAAAAGCACAUCUAGGAGGUCUCAACCAUUCCCCCCGUUCCCUCUUUGUUCCAACUCGACAACUGAAUGGAAGACAGCAUAAUUGUCUGAAAGCUGAAAAUCAGGGCAAUUAUUCCCCUCAAAAAGGAGCGUAUUUAAGUAGCAGUCAGAAAUAUAAAGCUCACAGUAAACAAGAUGAUGAAUUUUGCAGCAUUUGGCAAUCACUGCAAAGCUCUGGAAAGCCUCUGCCUGCCCAACAAAAUAGGCAUGAGAAGGGUGAAAUUUUACCUCAGUAUAUAAAGCUAAGUACUGGUAGCCAGUUCUGCAAACCUGGUUUCAAUGAGAGUAGCUUCAAGGGCCAGCAAAGAAAACCGGAAUCAUUUAAAAAAUCUAAAGAAGAUUCUAAAGGUCCACGAAAUGAAGGACAAGCACACAAAGUAUCAAAUAAGCCGAAUUGUGCAGGUGCUAAUAAACAUAAUGUGAAGCUUUUGAAGAGGAAUGAAGGUCCAAACGUGCCAGUAGAGCAAAAGAUUGCAGUUGAUGGUCCCAGUAUAAAUGAGAAGAAUGGGUCUGAACUUGAAAGCCUUUUGGCAUCUUUGAACAUUUCCAAAGAAAAUGAAGUGCAAUCACCUUUUUUCAAGGAGCCAAUAAAUGAAGAACACUUGUCUCCACAGUCUUUUGCUAUGAAAGGAACUCAGAUGCUCAAAGAAAUUUUGAAGAUAGAUGGUUCUGACACAGCAGAGGCAAAGACAGUGACUAAUGAAGUUUCUGCUUCUACCUCUAGGCAGGAUUAUGGACCUGCCUCACAAAACAGACAUACAAAAAAUAUGGCUGCUUUCAUGAACAAAUCCCCUAGCACAUCAGGAUCUCAGAAUACUCAAGCCAUGGAACCUGGGAGCCAUCCUGUUAUUGGACCACCAAGCUCAUUAUCUACUCCAGUUUCUGAGCUUUCUCGUAUCUGUUCACUUGUUGGAAUGCUGCAGCCAGAUUUCUCAUUCCUCAGAACACCACAGACAAUGACAGUUUGUCAGGUAAAACUGUCAAAUGGUUUAUUAGUGCAUGGACCCCAGUGUCAUUCUGAAAAUGAAGCCAAGGAGAAAGCAGCGUUUUUUGCUUUGCAGCAAUUGAGCUCUAUUGGGUUGAACUUUACUCGGCCACCACCUCCAGUAUUUCCAAAUUAUCAACCAAUGGGGACCCUUGUGCCACCUGGUUCAAUUCCUCCAGUCUUCACUCAGCACACUGCUAAUAUAUAUCCUUCACCAUCUCACACAUUUGCCCCAGUGCCAUGGGGAGCACCCAUACCAGUUCAUGGCAAACCUUAUUAUCCUGGUUCAUAUCCUGGGCAUAUGCCUUUUGCAGGCAAUGUACCAGUUGGCACACACAACCAGUUUAUACCAUUGCAGGUAACUAAAAAAAGGGCUGCAAACAAGAUGAAUUUUGAGUCUAAGGAGUUCCCAGGUUCUUUUCAAGAUGUGCAGUUAAAGAAGGAACAACUAAUGUCUUUUGAUACCACAAAACUAAAUCCACAGGAUGCUGCUUCAGAUCCUUUAAGAUCUGCUCAAGCUGCAGUCACCUUUCGAGAGAAAAUGACUUCUCCAAGCUCAACUACUCCUCGUAAAAAAUCAACAAACAUUUCUGCUAAGCGAAAGCCAAGAAAAUUGGCUGUUAACUUUGGUGCACCCAAAUCUUCAGAAUAAGUAUGGGUCAUGAAUUAUUUUAUUUUUCCUAAGUGUACAACCAAUCAAUCUUUUUAAAAUUUAAGUAUAAAAAAUUGAAAGAUGCUUGAAUUAAUAUUUUCAGUCAGCAUUUUUAAAAGAUUAUGUUCAAUGAAGAGCUUGAUUUAACCAGAUAAAAACAAAGAAACGCUUAAUUAAGAUUAAGUUACCCUAUUGUGCCUAGGUCUCUAAAAAGUGGCUUUGAUGUAACAUCCCAGGAGAGGAGCAAUAAUACUGACAUGGCAGGCCUAAUUCAGAAUGAACGUCUUUUAAUCAUGAGACAAGAGGCUUCAACUAAUUCUAAGCAUGAUUGGUUUUUUGUCUCCUGUUAAGUAAUAAUAUAAUACCUUUUAAAAGUGAUUUAUUUAUAUAUGACCUGCAUAUUCUGUUUCUAUAUUUUCAGGUCCUUUUGAUCUGAAUAAGUAUUAACAGAAUUCAACUAUUGUGGCAUUGCCAGGUUUUCUUUUAUGUAGGUUCAUUUUUAGGAGUUAUGCCAAAGCAGUUCAAGAACUUGUACAUUAUUUAGAGUUAUUGUAAUAAACUGUCUUAACUACAUGACACCAUAAAUGAGCCACUGACAGAGGAAACCACGGUAGGUAAGUAAAUACUUCAAGACUGACUAAAAGAAUAGUCCGAAUGCAAAUAUGUUAAGAGAGAUGCUCAUAAUUUUUGCAAGUGGUAGUUCUGGCAGUGAUUCCUGUCUACUGGUAAACCAACACAGAGUUUCCACUAUGCAGAAUACUAUUCCUACAACUAAAAUUCUUUUUCAAUAUAGUCUAGUAUUUCCACUGUUCAGUGUUAUCUUUCCAACUGAGCAAUCUUCCCAGUUAAUCAGCAUCUGUAGGCUAGAAGGCUUUAAUUUUAUAGUUUUCCUUUGGAAGAUGGCAUACAACCCAGUCUAAAUCCUAUUCAGAUUCAAACUUUAGUUCUACAUGAGUGAAUUCCUAUAGUCCAAUGUUCUUUAGCAGAAGUUCAUGUUCUGUAUUCCAUGAGGUAAAAUAUAUUAAAUUGAAGGAUACUGGUUUGUCAUUUUAACUUUUGAAGCACCACCAUUUUUUUGUAAUCAGGAACAGUCUUGGCAGUUGUAGUAUGUGAGUGUAUUGACUAUGAGCAUUAUGUUACUUUUUUUGGCAUAGAGUGUAGGAAAAUGGGCAGCAUGCACAGCAACACCCAUGAAAGAGAGGGUUAAUGCAAGCAGCUCUCAGUGCUGCUGCUGCCCCCUAAUCCUGCUGAAAAGCUGUUACCAAGGGACCUUCAACAGCUAUGUGGACAGAUGGCUGCAAGAGGAGGGGGGGGCGAUCCCAGAAACUGAGUAGAACUCCAUUAGUGAAAGAUGUUUUCCACCUGGUUGCUGGACGCCACCCCACCCCACCCCACCCCCGCCACUCCUCCUGCAGCCACCUGUGACAUAGCCAGCAUAGUUGCCAAGAGUCCCUCAACCCUUGGCAGUGGUUUUUUAGAAAGCUCGGGGGUCUGCAAUGGCACUGAACACUGCUUGCACUAACUCUCUCCCACAGAUGCCACUGUGGAUGCUACACAUUGUUUGUACAAUACAAUGAGUAUUGUCUCAAUCUCAGGUACAUGCAUGCUGGACCUCCCAAUGUGUGGGCCCAAGACCAAACAAGAUACUAAUACCACCUCUCAAAAAUGAUACAGUAUGGGCACUGAGGGCAUGCUUCAGCCGCAUUUGUAUUGACAAGAUCGGACAUAGUGUGCUCAUUAGUUUAGUUUUUCUCACACAGCUUGUCUGCCAUUUCCCUUUCUCUAGACAACAUGAAUGUUGUGACAAAUUCCCAUGGAAGAGAGAACUGAUCUGAUUUGCCGAGGUGUCUAGAAUUUUCAUUGGUUUGUGUGCCUUAGGCAUAUACAUAGCCAACUCAGUCUAAUCCCUGAAAUCUCUUCUUAUACAUACUAAAUUUCGUUAGGUUUGUCGUGACCUCUGCUGUUUGCAUACUGGAAAAAGCUGGGUUUAUGAAGGCUAACUAUCAAAACCAGCAGUAACUUUUUUUUAAUCAGUUGCUAUUUUUUCACCAUAACUUCUGUUGUCUUUCAAUUCUUGUAGAACUGUCCAUCAAGUUUAACUGCCUGGUUCCCAUCUCUCUUCUGCAUUGUUUUUUUUUUCUUUUCUGCUUUUUAUUUUCUGUAUUUAUUUUCAGGUUCACUAUUGGUUACCUUACCUGGUGUCUAGUGUUUAAAUAUGUAAUCUCUAAUAUGUAAACAACUGGCUUAUGGCAUCUAUAAUUUCAACUUUGGUUUUGGGGGUGUUUUUUUAAAAUAAAGUAUAUGGCUCUCAUUUAUCUCAAAGUGUAUUUUGUAAAUGCUGGAAUUUUUUCAUUAAGAUCUUGUACAGAGCAGUAUUUUAUUAAAAUUUGAAAGGGAAGACUUUCAUGUGCACAUUUUUAUAGUGUCUUUUAAAAAAAGAACUUUGUUUAUCUGCCAUGUGAAAUGUUUAAAAUUGGCAUAUGAAUGAAUAUGGAGUGUAUUUUUGUUCAGUGUUGUGUAUUUUCAGAAUUCUAGCAUGUAGAACAAAAGACUGUGCAAAGUAUUUUAAAAUAUGAAUGUAAAAUAUACACUGAAGGAACAAAUCAUAUGGAUGAAAGACUCUGUAGAACUUUAAUACAGUAAUUUUUAUAAAAGCUUUGGCCUUGUCUCUUGGAUUAAAAAUUAAACUAAAAUAUUUUGCUUUUCA